AUGGAGGCACAAGGGAUCGAGCAGUGGAUCACGUCAAUACCCCCCGUCACUCGGGCGUGGGCGUUUGCCUCCCUCGGCACGAGCGUACUCGUCGAAUGCAACAUUAUCGCGCCGGUACAGCUCUACUUCUCGUGGAAGCUGGCCGUGAUUGAUAUGCAGCCAUGGCGCUUCCUCACGACGUUCUGCUACCAUGGCAACCUGAGCCUCGACCUCGCGUUCCGGCUCUACUUUGUCAUGCGCUACUCGUACCUCCUCGAGACCAACUCGUUUGCCAACAAGCGCGGCGACUACGUCUGGCUCCUCUUCCUCAUCGCGUCGUGCUUGCUCGCACUCACGCCCUUCCUCACCAUGCUCUUCCUCGCCAACUCGCUGAACGGCGCGCUGUCGUAUAUCUGGUCUCGGCGUAACCCGUCGGUGAAGAUGUCGCUCUUCGGCGUCAUUACCAUCACGGCCCCUUACGUCCCCUUCGUGCUCGUCGGCCUGUCGUGGUUCCUCCACGGCGGGUUCAACGACGCCAUCAGCGAUAUUCUCGGCAUCCUCGUCGGCCACACGUACAUCUUCCUCCAGGACUACUGGCCGCGCGAGAUGUGGUCCUCGACAGGCAAGGGGAGCAUCGAGACGCCCCGGUUUGUGAAACGCCUCUUUGGCCAGCCCGACCGCACAUAGCCUCGCCGUGCUUUCCGCGGCGCGCGAGCACCUCCGUGGGGCCACCGGGGUGUCACCGCCCCCUCCCACGCCUCCUGGAGCUCCAACGCCCUGUACCACCACCACCAGCCAUAGACCCCUGUAUCCAGCAUCAUCGCGAGCAGAGCCAUGCAUAUAUGCC